UCGUUGUUGGAGUGGUCAAGCAUUUCUGUGUUCUCAAAUAAUAUCCUGUGUCCAGGCUGGUUCAUCAAAUGCUCAUGACCUUUAUUCUGUGUCCAAAACAAGGCAAUUAUCCCCGUCGCAGCAGUUUUGUCGGGCAGCUUCCCAGCAAUGUUUCCAUUGUUCCUGGAAUGCGUUUCAGCUCGGCCGUGACGCUCGUCUGGACACUCGUUGCCCAAAGGACCAAAAGGCUUCCCUUUCGGUGGUUUGUGAGCAGAGAGAAUGAAAAGAAGCCACUUGGGUGGAGGUCAGGGCUUCUCUCUGCUCACAAUUCAUGCGUCAUGUCACGCGAGAAUUCACCCCACGGGCGUCUCUCCCGACAGAAGGCUGGAUCCGCACUGCGUCUUGUUCCUCGUGGACAAUUCCCUGACUGUUGGGAGAACAAACGAGCAUUGAUUUCGUGUCUCUUCUCGCUUUCUUGGGACGACGGGGAGCGUUCGCAGUGCGCUGUUUCUCCCCACUUUGGUCCCUGGGUCGCACUCAAGAACUCGUCAUUCUUCUCGACUUGGGAUCGGUCAACUGACUGAAGACUUUGGGCUCCGUCUCGAAACGGUUGUUCGGAAAUGUGUCCUCGAAGGCUUUCAUGGCCAGGAUCACUGGGUUGCUGUGAGUUUUCCAGGCUGUAUGCCCAUGUUCCAGAAGCAUUCUCUCCUGAUGUUUUACCCACAUCUAUGGCAGGCAUCCUCAGAGGUUGCAAGGGUGACCCCAUCUCCAGCCAGUUCUUGACCUCCACCCCAGACCCCUGACCCUCAACGAUGGCUCUGCUGGCCUGGCUGAAGCGUGGCUGCUCUCGCCUCCGGCUGCUGUGGGGCCUGCUCUCCGUCCUGGCGACCCUCUCCUCCCUGGGCUUCCUGAUCCGCGGCGGCCACGAGGAACUGCUCUCGCACUCGCUGCCUUACUUCCUGCCACGUGGUGGGGGGCAUCCCAUCAGCCCGCCGCUCCUGCCCUCCACGGACGCCUUCCUCCUCCUGCCGACGCCCGAGGCCUGCUCCCCGAAGGCCCCCUCCCUCCUGGUGAUGGUGGUCAGUGCCCCCGGCCACGUGGCCCAGCGCCAGGCCAUCCGCUCCACCUGGGGAGAGUCCCGCUGGGCCGGGGAGCUCACCGUCCGGACCUUCUUCGCCCUGGGGCUGCCCCAGGAGCCCUCGCUUCAGGCGGCGCUGGAGCGGGAGGCGGCCGAGCACCGGGACCUGGUCCAGGGCCGCUUCCUGGACAGCUACGGCAACCUGACCCUCAAGACACUGGCCCUCAUGGGCUGGGCGGCCACCCGCUGUCCGGGGGCCCUCUUCCUGGUCAAGGUGGAUGAUGACGUCUUCCUCAACCUGCCCGGCUUGGCCGAGGAGCUGGGCCGCCUCCCCGCCCUGAUCCCCGCCUACCUGGGCCGCAUCCACUGGCGGGUCUGGCCCAGCCGGGACCCCCACAGCCGGCACCACGUCCCCCAUGGACUCUACCCGGGGGGGGCCUUCCCGCCCUACUGCAGCGGGACGGCCUAUGUGCUCUCGGGGAACGCCGUGCCCGCUUUGCUGGGGGCCGCCCGCGACGUGCCUUUGGUGCCCUUGGAGGAUGUCUUUGUGGGGCUCUGCGCCCGGCGUGUCGGCAUCGUCCCGCAGCACCUGGCCCGCAUGAGCGGAGGGGCCCACCUGCCCCCGGACCCUUGCUGCUACCGAGGGGUCCUGCUCAGCGUCCACCGGGUGGCCCCCGAAGAGAUGGUCACCGUCUGGGACUCGGCCGCCCCCAACGAGGAGACCUGCCGGCUCUGGCAGCGGGCACUGGGUUCCCUGCGGUGCAAGGCCUUGGCCUGGGUGGCCGCCCUGUGAGACCAGGAAUGGCCGGUGUCCAUCUGUCUGGACAUAAUAAUAAUAAUAAUAAUAAUAAUAAUAAUAAUAAUACUUUAUUUAUAUUCCGCCCUAUCUAUCUCCCCAAGGGGACUCAGGGCGGAUCACAGUACACAUACACGACAAACAUUCAAUGCUGUUUGGACAGACAGACAUAAGGGGGUACGUUGUGUUUCAAGUCCAGCUUCGGUGCCUUGGAGGUUGUGCUGGAGUACGGCCACAGGGGGGUGCUGUCGCUCCAUCCUCCAUGAGGAAGAGCCAUCAGGACUUCCUCCUUCCAUUUGGUCGCUGGCAUUUUCUCGUCUUGUUCUUUAUGGUGUCGUAGAAUGCCUACACAGCUUUUUAGCGGUCCCUAAUUUCUCUACUCAAGCUGUUUUCGAAGUGUGUUCUUGAAGGCUUUCAUGGCCGGGAUCACAAGGUUGUUGUGUGUUUUCUGGGAUGUAUGACCAUGUUCCAGAAGUAUUCCCUCACAACCUCUGAGGAUGCCUGCCAUAGAUGUGGACGAAAUGUCAGGAGAGAAUACUUCUGGAACAUGGCCAUACAGCCCGGAAAACACACAACAACCCUGUUUUCAAACUGCUUGGGUAAACAGUGAGCUGGGCUUGAUGGUCGUGUGCUCACCCCGACCAGGCUUCGAACUGGCAACCUUUUGGUUGGUAGAUCAUAUUACUGCUGGUGAUUUACCAGUUGUGCUAAAGCCCAGUCCUAAGAGCAGGUGGGCAUCCCUCGCUGUGUCUGUCUGUCUGUCCGUCCAGGCCUCUUACCCAGACUAGGAGGCCAAGCCAUGUCCAAUACCCUCUGGUCAGGCACCUCUACAUCCACUCUAACAAUAGGUGACUAGACGAGGCAUGGCCGGAGAAGUCUGGACAAAUGGACAUCCACUCAGGAGGUAAAGCCAUGGCCAGGGUUGUCUGGUCAAGCUGCUGGGCAUCUUGCCGUCCACGACCAGGGCUCUCUCUGGCCAGUCUGGGGGGCUUCCUUCCCUCCAGGGCUGUUGCUGAUUCGGGUGAAAACGGGGAGCUGUUGCUCUGUUUAUUUCCUGCUUCUAGGAGUGACCUGCAGACCCCAACCAUCACAGGUCUUAGCUUUGUUACUACCUCAAGUGCUACUGACUCAAAAAAGGGGAUUGCCCCCGUUUUGCAAAGCUGCACCCCUCUCCUUACUCGGCACUUGUGGACAGUCCUUUCUUGCCGGGCGGGCAACCCUGCACCCCAGAUCCCUGCCGCCGCUCAGAUAUAAUUGAAGGAAGUGUUCAAAACCCGUUACCAUGUGUUCUCCAAUUUUGGGAGGAACGAGAGGGGGUUGGCAAUGGGGAGGGGGUCUUUUCUUUUGCACUCAAAAGAUGGGAAAUUAAAAUGAUAUGCAAAGUCAA